AAUUUUCAUAAAUAUGAACUCUAUCAGCAGAGAAGCUAGUCUCCAAGAAGACAGAGAAUUAGCCAAGCCAUUUAGCAACAAAAUGGUGCCCAAUUACGAUGAGAUGUUUGAAGAGAACCUUUCAGAGGAAUUCCUCAGUGAAAAAGUGAUCCCUUCCAGCAUAAAGACUUCACUAGGUCUCAUCAAGAAUAUGUCUCAUACUCCAUUUAAAAGUUCGAUGAAUCAAACUAGUUUAAUUCCUAGUCCUGAAGGGAAGAAAUUGUGAAAGAAGGAAAAUAAAUUUUUCGAAAAAGACCUGAGGAAUGAUGUAGAAGUUUCAGAUGGGGCUUUUAAGGCUAUCAGUGAACCUAAAUGUCUCAACAAAGGUCGUAAAUUUAUCUCUCAACAUUAUGAUACAAAAUCCUUACUAACAAACUGCGAAUCAGCCCUCAUGAAGGAUAUCCACCUGCUGCUUAAAUAAGGCAGUGAAGAUCAGAUUGGAAUCAAACAGAAAAGUCUCUGAGGGGAAAGAUGGAUCAGACCACGUUUACGAGCCUAAAGAGGGUCUGAAGAAUGAGAAGACGCCAAGAAGAGCACAGUCAGUGACGAUGAGAGAUAUCGCUCAACCUAAUCAAUAGCUUACCUAAUUUAUAAUAAGACCUUAACC